UUUUCUUUAUCAUUAUAGUGAAAAUAAACUAAUGCACCUAUAACACGUCAUCACUUUUAUUAUAUUUACAUAUUAUAUAAAAUUAGGAUAUGUAAUAUGUUCAUUAAAUUAUAUACUAACUCUAUUUAUAUUUUACAUAUGUUUAUUAAGUUAUUAUAAAAUAUUUAUAUUAAAUCUAAAGUUAAAAUGUCAAUAAUUCAUGCUAAUUUAACAAAUAUCCCCUUUUGUUUUUUACUAUUUACAGAAGGUAGGUGGGGCGUUAUGUCACAUUUCGGCCGUCACCACGCCACAUAACCGAUAUAGUAAUGAACCAUUAUAAGCUACUCCUACCUGCAGGUUGCUUGGCGGUGUGGGGAUUCACCGUCGGAGUUCCAAUCUCGUCGCAAGGAGAGAGCAGAGGAAGCAACGGGAGCUGCGAUCCAGAUCCGAAAUGAUCCAUUUUGUAAUUCUACUUAGUCGACAAGGGAAAGUGAGAUUGACAAAAUGGUAUUCACCAUACCAGCAGAAGGAACGAGCCACAGUUAUCCGGGAGCUUAGUGGCCUUAUUCUUUCACGAGGACCAAAACUUUGCAAUUUUGUCGAGUGGAAGGGGUACAAAGUUGUAUAUCGAAGAUAUGCUAGCCUAUACUUCUGCAUGUGCAUCGAUCAAGACGACAACGAGCUGGAGAUCCUUGAGAUCAUUCAUCAUUUUGUCGAGAUAUUAGACCGUUACUUUGGCAGCGUCUGUGAACUCGAUCUGAUCUUCAAUUUCCACAAGGCAUACUACAUUUUGGAUGAGAUUCUAAUUGCCGGUGAGCUUCAAGAAUCAAGCAAGAAAACUGUUGCUCGACUUAUAGCUGCCCAGGACACAAUGGUCGAAACGGCAAAGGAAGAAGCUGGUUCAAUCAGCAAUAUGAUUUCACAAGCAAUGUGAUCAAGAUCGCCGAGUGCUGUUGUUUUUUCUACUCUUAGACACCUUUGUCAAUGCUUUCAUUCCAUGGUUCUGGUGAUCUACAGCAUUAUUCCUUUGACUUCUUCUAUCUCAUUCUAUGCAAAUAUUGCUAGUUCCAUCUGGAUUUAAAUUUACUUUAAAUUUUAGGUUCCGCAUUGCAAAAGCUUA